AUGGAUUAUAAAGUCCCCACGCAUGCAGAAAUCGAUGAUUAUUUCUCUACUAAUCCAAUGUCGGAAUGGCACCUUCUCAAUGUAUAUAUGAAUUCCAAAUUAGAGUCCAGCCCACUUUUGACGGCAUCAGAAUUAUUUAGGUCCUUUUGUAGAUCACUGACUUUCAUCGAGAAAAAUGAGAAUGACAGUUACCCCAAAUACGCUUCGGACUAUGCGAAAAAGCUAAGGAUGGCUAUGAAGACGAAAAAAAAUUUUUUCAUGAAUCUUGCCGAGAAGAUUGUUGAUCGCGUUGAACGACGAGAACUAAUGAAGGAAAAUGAGAUUGAUAUUCGGCAAAAACAGACCAUGCGAGAUCAAGAGUCUAAGUCGAAAGCAUUGGACGAAAUAACCAAUGCGAUUGUUGGAAAACGUAAAAGAGACGAUAAUGACGAUGAUGAGAUUGACAAUAGUACGAUUUCUAAAAAUGGCAAGAUUGAACCAAUGGUCCAAGAAAAUUAUGAAGAAAUAACUACUUCUGAAAAAGGACAUGGUUUCGAAAUAUCUUCAUUUGGUAUUGAAGUGAAAUCCAAACAAAUAUCUACGUGGGAUUAUGUAAUAUCAAAAAUGGAAAUAAGUGAUGAUUCUUCGAAAGAUUGGAUAAAUGAAGGCCACAAUUUUUCCGAAGAGUUUCGGCAAUUUCAGAAGUCAAUUAUCGAAAAACUAAAAACUGAUCCAGCCUUAAGUUAUACGACCGAUGUUGAAUCCAUAAUUGACUUAUCGAGCAUUAUGCUAUUAAGAAAGAACAAAAAACCAGCCUAUAUUUCAUGUACCGACAAUGAGUGGCGGAUGGCGUUUCCACAAAUUACUUAUAAAUUCAAGAUGCCAGCCCUUGUCCAAGUCACUUUAUGUUCAUAUACACAGCCUUUAAUGAGGAAUGAUUUGGCUGAAUUUGAAGACUUAUGGAGGCUGAACUGGAGCAAAAUAUCCUCAUUGGAAGAUCAAGAAGAUAAGAGAAUAUUCGACUCAAUGCAGAUUAUAACGCGUAAUUUUUUUUACAACUUGCCUUAUGGUAAGAACAAGAACUUAUCAAAUGAAGACACAUAUGUACACAAAACUUGUCAUGUGAUCUUGGAGGAGAUUUUCCGUGUUGAAACUCUCCAACUUGUAUGGGCAAAUGGAGAGAGUAGCUCAUCAAAAAAUCAACAUUUAGGGGAUAGCAAUGCCCAUGGGCUAAGGCCAGACUUUCGCUUAAUUUACAAAGAUACAGAUGAAAGCGAGAUUUUGUUUGGUGAAAUUAAGCCUCCAAAAGUGGAAAAUCAUAAAUCUAUUGUGAAUCAGGCAUUUUCCAAAUUGGCUAUUCUUAUGAAAGAUGCGCUAGAUAUAGGAAUGUAUGAUGAAACGUACGGUGUACUCAUUAAUGGAAACAGAAUUGAGUUUUGGAGAAUCACUCUAAAUUACGAUGGUUUAUAUCAGUUGGUGUCUCUAGUUGAAAUGACUUUUCCCACCGAGGUAGCAGAGUUUCUUGUGAUUCUCUCUGUCAUGGAGAGAUGUUAUGAAUUAAAAGAGUUCGUUCUUGGAACUGAACAACGUAAUAUGAGAAAGAGUAACUCCAGACUGAAUGAAAGCUAUCGACGUGAUUCAAACUCUAGUCCUAUGAAGACAAAAGUGCCCAUUAUUACUCUUAAGUAA